AUGUUCACAUACAGCCUUACCAACAAAGGUUUAGGAAAUAAGGUUUUGGUCUGCCAUCGCAACCUUUUGUGUGGAGUUGGUGCUGGUUUGGCCAUCGAGGUUUCUCAUCGUCUGCAGGGUUUCCCAUCAUUUGGUGGUGGUGUUGGUGUUGUUUUGGUUGAUGGGGGGCUUACUAUAUCUCUUGCGAUUUCGAAUGCGGAGGCUGUCGAUGUUGUUGGUCUUGAUGAUCUUGAUGGCCUAAAAGCGACUCGCUUUCUCUUGGUGGGGUGGUUGCUGACGAUUAAAGACUAUCACAAGGAUUCCUUGGUGGGCACGAUGAAGCGUACUUGGCAUACAAAAGAGGAGUUCUCUUCUGUUACCUUAGAGGAUUCUAAACGUAUUCUAUUUUCUUUCAAGAGUGAUCUCGAUUGUAAAAGGGUGAUGAGGUUGGAUCACGUCGGGUCUGGGUGUGAAUUCAAAAAUUCGGGGGUUAUUGACAAAGAGCAAUGUUGUAGGUGGAAGACGUCAAUAAAGGACGUUUUUCAUAUUCGAGUUCCAAAUGGUUUGACAAGAAGAAUCUUGGGUUUCGGUGAGGAGUUGCAUAGUCAGAAACUGGCUUCAGGGAGUCAUGUUUCACCUGUAGGGACUGUUCAUUCGCACUAUGUGGCCUUCGCUGCUAAGAAGGAUAUCUCAUUAGGUUCAUAUGAUACCUUACAUAGAGUCUCUGAGGGGUCUCUCCCCAAGAAGAUAAGGAAGGAGAUUCUAGGGGCCCAAACUAAAGAUGUGGUGCCAGAUAACAUGCCAUAUGAAUGUACCAGUACUACGCACAACGUGAACUCCCUUCCCCCUAGUUGUCACGAAGGUUCUUCUUCAUUUGGAAAAAGGGGAUUCAAGAGGAUGAGGGGGGAACGUCCUCGAGGUUGUUAA